GAAGAGUUUUAUGGACGUGAAGUGAUCGAAGCCGAUCGUACCGUCGUUGAGCAGAACUCUGAUGAAAUAUUAGAUGGAGCAGAUGUUGAUGAUGUGGCCAUGCUUGUCGUAGGAGACCCUUUCGGUGCCACUACCCAUACGGAUUUGGUACUACGAGCUAAAGAGAGAAAUAUACCGGUAAAAAUCGUGCAUAAUGCCUCCAUAAUGAAUGCUGUAGGAUGUUGUGGACUUCAGCUGUACAAUUUUGGUGAAACUGUCUCCAUAGUCAUGUGGCUGGACGGAUGGGAACCUGAUAGCUACUACGACAAAAUUGCUUCAAACAUGGAAAAAGGAUUUCACACGUUGUGUUUAUUAGAUAUUAAGACUAAGGAACAAUCUAUUGAGAACAUGAUGAGGGGUAAAAAAAUUUACGAGCCAGCCCGAUACCUUACUUGUGCGGAAGCUGCCACCCAACUGCUAAAAAUUGCGGAGAGAAAGAAGGCUGCUGGAAAUGAUCCUUUCUACAACGAGUCUUCACCGUGCGUGGGAUUGGCUCGAAUAGGGUGGGACGAUCAGAAGAUUGUCUUCUGCACUUUGAAGGAGAUGUCAAGCUAUGAUCUUGGCUCACCGUUACAUUCACUGGUGCUACCGGGUCAGAUGCAUCCAUUAGAAGUUGAUAUGCUCAAUACCUUCAAACCUACUAGUUAA